UGAAACUAUAGAAUUCUGUACACGAAUCGAUAGAACCAAUCGCUUCCAUCCACAUACGGGCGAUUUCAUAUUAAUAUAAUUGCGCUGUUCGUAGUCUUCGACCUGCGUCCAUUAACGUGAGAACUGAGUUUUACUUCAGCUUGUUCUAGAAAAGUAGAAAAAGACCAGGUGAAAGAAGAUGUCAAGAAAGCUGAAGAGGGAGAUGCUGUACUUUACGGCUUUCAUAAUGUAUCUCUUGAAUAAAAGUAUUCUUGCUGAAAUACAAGUUUGUGAACAUGGAAUUUCACUACCGGAUGGGACAUGUGAUUGCUACUCUUGCUGGCAUAAUGACUUUUGUAACGCGUAUGCAUCAAGACCUCCUAGGUUUGUUCACGAAAUUGAUACAGUGAUGAUGAAUGAAGAGCAGCAUGCAAGAAAAAUACCUGUGUAUACGGUAGAGGCAAUAGAUCCUGAUGAUGAAUUUUGUAAAGAUCCUGAAGGUUGUCCCUGCUCUAGAGUCACUUACUUCAUAGCGAAUCAGGAAGGAAACGCAGCUUUUCUCAUCAAUAAUUCCAGUGGAGAAAUAACUUUGGAUAAAGAUAGUCAUCUGAUUUUACCAAGGUAUGAGUUGAAAAUUGGGGCAAGUGAUGACGGCGUUGUCUACGAUACAAUGACACUGAUCAUAACAACGGGGAAUAACUGGCAUGGCCCAGUUGUUAAUAACUACAUGAGUCAAAUUAACAAUGGCUACUCAGAAGAAGGGUACGACGAAAUCAUGGACUUGCCCCUUAGUGCAAGGGAGAAGUCGCAUCACAGACAAAAAAGAGCUGUUUCUCUACCUAACAACGUUACCUUUACAUUAAGCAAGUACGGUGCCAACGAAAACGUUACAGAGAUAAAAUUGGGCCACAGAAUUCAGUUCAAACUUGAUAUUCUCUUCCCGUCAACACCGACAGAUAUCCAAGUCGAAUUGUUUACUCCCGAUUCCAAUUACAUUGUGAUGAUGCUCUGCAAUGUUCGAGUCACGGUGGGUAGUAGUUUGGUAGUCAGUGGAAAUUCAACGCCAGUUCUAGAGUCUUUGGAUAAUUCAACAUAUAAUGAUCGGGCAAUAAUACAGUUGGGAACGGUAACCAAUAAUCCAGGUUCCGCUUCCACUCUUACAGACAGCACAAUUACAAUUUUAUACGAAGCUGUCAUGGUAGAAAACAGUCAAACUGUCAACCAGGAUUACUACGUUAGCGCAGGCGCUGAAUUUAAUAAUGAGAACGAUGUAUGGGUAGGCCAGGCAAGUUUUACAGCGAACAUCACAAAUGAUUACAAGAGUUUUCCAAAUCCAAUUGCUAACAUUACCGGACCACCACAAAUGCCAAUUGGAUCAUCAGCCGUCUUGUAUAUGGACUUAAAGUUAUUUUAUCCUCAAGCAGAUAUUACAUUGAAUAUGUAUGCACCUGUCAAUAUUUCAAAUGCUAUGAGCAUCUGCAAUGCGAAACUUACGAAUGUUAAUGAGGCUUAUCAGUGCGGCCUGAAAGAUUUAUCACUUUUUACACCCCAGUUGUUAAAGGGUACCAACACUAUUGGAAACCAGCAAAUGCAAAUAGCCCUUGGUAAACCUGUUAACAAGUUGGCUCGAGAGUAUUCAACUCUAUCACAAGCUGGGGUGAUGUCAUUUUCGAUACAAAUAACACUCUUUGAUGAUACUUCACUGAUUGGUAAAGAGUUAUGGGUUGGAGCCACAGUUAUGGUUUCAUCAUCAUCGAUUUGGGCUGGUCAGUUGAAAAUCACUGCUACUGCCAAGUCUGCCUCAGGGUCUGUGACACCAGCUUUCAAUGUAGCAGUUGUAAAUGGGACAAGUUUAAGCCAAACUAGGCCAGCUAUCGUUCAAAUAGACAUGAUUGUACCAGAAAACACAGCGGCUGACUAUUUCUUUGAAGCCAUUGCUCCCUUUAAUGAUAGUCAAGCGAUUUACCAAGUGUGUGCUUUAACAGUUUGGUAUGGGGAAAACAUUGCAUGUGCCAGUGUGAAUAAAUUUGAUCCACAAUAUAUCAUCACCGCUAAUGACACUUUCUAUACAGACAUAGCAAGAGUUGAUUUAGGUCGAAUAACCAACUUAGGCUCCAGUUCUUGGAAUCAACAAGACAAUGUGACGAGAAAUACAGUUAGACUCAAGGUCUUAGUCAAAGCCACUAACCAUUCAAUGGCUACUGUUGGUAGUAAUCAUGAUGUCUAUUUUGGAAUGUUCGUGGGUGUUGAUAAGCUUACAAUCGGUAAAGUGUCGCUGCAAGUUUCAAGUUCUGCAUCUGCAGAUGCUAUAACGACUCAAAACACACCAUCAAGAGUAUUAAGUAUUGGAGGAAGUGGUAAUGAUACUAUAACCAUUGGAAAAACCGGACGCAUACUUUUGGAUGUUCAGACUGCUAGAAAUACUAUCUAUAGCCCCUUUGAUAUAGAGUUUAUCAUGCCAAAUAACAGUGGAGAUUCAUUGGGUAAAAUAUGCAAGGUACAGCUAGUAUCAGUUGGUUUGAACAAUCCUUGUGUGAUCAAAGAAAGUAUUGAAAAAUCAACUCAGUUAAUAUCAAGCUUCAAUGGCGGCAUUUAUGACCGAGCAAUUCUUAGCAUCCCAUCUCUAUGUAACUAUGAAGUGAAAAACGAUACAGUUGAAGACCAUUUUCUGCUGGCCUUAAACUUUAUUCUUAGAAAUAAUUCCCGAUUUGUGACAGAUACCAAAGCCUGGAUAAGUGCUGGGUUAAAAUAUAGCCCAUCUAAUUUAUGGGUUGGACAGAUUGCCGUUUAUGCAAGUUUUACUGGCAAAAAUGUUGUGAAUACAGCACCUUACAUGACAAUUGUGUCCAACAAUGGGAACCUUACAAAAACUCCACUUGGCUAUGUAGCUCGUUAUUAUGCUAUUAUUAAGCUUGCUCCGAAUGUCUCUACCCCUCUAGCUCUUAACAUCUCAACUUUGGACAACGCAUUAAGUAUUUGCGAUGUAAGGCUUUCAAGGUUUGGUGAAGGUUUUCCAUGCCUCGAUACUGAGCUCAUAGCUUUCCAAUUGACUCAAGAAAAUAAACAAUUUGGAUUAAACCAACAAGGCUACUUAUAUUUAGGUUAUGUUGAAAAUGUUGGUAAUGAAUUAUUCACAAUGAAUAGUGCCUUUGAUGCAAACACUUUGGAGCUUGAAAUUGUUACAAAAUUAACACCUGAUGUGAGUUCUGCAGCUGAUGGUUCACUUCACAUGUUUAAAAUUGAUCUGAACUAUAACAGCAAUAGUGUGGUUCAGUCUGUCACUGGAACUGUUACAACAACAAUAGACAUAUCCUCCAUUGAUGUGAAUACACUUGCUAGUGCUGGUUUUACGGGUAAUAUGUCUGUGAUAUCAAUCAGUGGAACUGACGAACCUUUACUCAAUGAAAAUCUAAAUGCCAUAGUUAAAUCAGAAAGCAAAAGAAUAGCUGUAGAUGUUAAUACACCUUUGAACUCCACAAGCCGUCUUAGUGUUACAGCAAGUACUACAUUAAAUUCUCCAAAUGUUCUUGAGGUAAUAUAUAUUGGCCUUUUUAAUGCUGGAAGCAAUCUACCAUGUGUAAAGCUAGCCCAGACAACAGACACCUACCAAUCUAGUGAUAAUGUGAGUGAUUUCAUGAGCAUAGCUGUGUUGGACUUAGGAUAUGUCUGCAACACAGGAGCCGAUACAACCAACAGCACGGCUAAUAGGCUAAGGGUGGAAAUAAUUGUGAGGCUCUUUGACAAUCCACAAGUUACAGUUGGUCAAACUGUAUCUAUCAGUGCUUCUGUAAAGUCAAACAACCAACAGAUCUUAGUUUACACUGUUCAACUGACAGUGGGUGAUGCAAAUACAUUCACAGAUGUCUAUUCCAGUAAUGUAACUGUAACAAAUGGUGCUUAUGUGAACACAACUGAAAAUCCUAUUGUGGUUCCAAUAGCGGCCACAAAAACUUUACCUAUUGUUCUAACAGUUCCUGCAUUUUCUUCCUCAAGGGUUUGGUUUGAUGCGAUUAUGCCUGUUAACACUUCAGCUAUAAUGACUUUAAACAAUGUGAAGUUUGUUCAAAGUGGCAGAAAUAUUCCACUUCUUGUUAAGUAUCAAGGCAGUUUUGUUACUACAAAAACAUCUCAGCUAAAUACAUCACAGAUUACUAAGUAUGAGACAACCAUGGGUGUCGUCUCCAAUGGAGGUAUGAUGCAAAAGUUUGCUGACUAUACUGCUGAUGAUGAUACUUUUACCAUAGAAGUGACUAUGCAAAUGGCUGAUCAUGCUUUGGCUGUAAAUGGUUCAUCUCAUAAAGUCAGCUUUGGUAUUCAUGUUGCCAAUGUCAUAUUUAUACUUGAUGUGACGAUUGUUGUUCUUCGAACUGGAAAGGAAUCAUUGAUUUUUAAUGUUUCAUCUGUUGUGAAUGACACAACCUCCACAAAUAACAGAGUGGAAAUAGAAACUAUCUUAAGACUUUCUAAUAUGUCUACUGCUGAAGGACAGAAUACAGUUCUUAAUAUGUUCCUGCCACAAUUUGUGUCAUAUAUCACUUCAACAAUAACAAGCAAUGACAAAUCCAUCAUACAAGUUUUUAAUGCAAACAAUGCAAUCUCAAUAGAAUUAGGAACUUUAUUCUUUACUGAUGUGGUUUGUAUAAAGACAGUAUUAGAGCCAAACACUACUUACUUGGUUCCACUUGAUGUGACGGGAAUAGAUGUAGUUUUCAGCUAUCAACCAGUUGCUAACACAAUUAUUCAAAAUGAUGUUACAGGAGAUUUAGAUUAUUUAAAUUUCACUAUAACAACAAAACCAGAAAGUGGAACUGACUGUACAACAGGACCACUUGGUAUGGAAGCGCAGACCAUAAAAGACUGUCAGUUAAGCGCAUCUGAUUUUUCAAUUACAGAAGCAGUUCAAGGGCGCUAUAACUUAGGCACAGGAUGGUCACCCUUUAUUCAUACUGGAAAAGUUAAAGAAGAGAGGUUCUUUCAGGUUUAUUUUGGAAAUAAAACAAUUGUCUCAAAGAUUAAACUACAACAGCUGGGAGAUACAAAAGUAAAACUAAUAAAUUUGCGAUAUAGUAAUGAUGGUCAAUCUUGGUCAACAAAGAUUGAAAAUAUGAUACAGCUGAAUCAAAGUGCUAGUGAAGAAGUGGAUAUACCAUCUGCUCAAACAUCUCGCUUUUUGAGAGUUAUGAUCCUAGCUUCAGAUGAUGAUUCAAAAAUCUCCAAGCUGAAAUUUGAAUUUAUUGGAUGUGUAGUAUCCAGUGACAAGCCAUCUGACCCCUGUGCAUCUUUGACCAAAGCACCAGCUAAAUUAAGUGAAUUUUCCAGAAGAUCACUUAUAAAGGCAGGCUUAUUCCUCUAUGUGUGUGAUGGAAUACAAAGUAAUAACGGCAUCCAGCAAAAGUGCUUUUCUUCAAAUGACGAUUUAUCUUGGACAGAAAUUGAUAGUCGGGUUGGAGAAAUAAUAGGGUAUGAUUCAGCUGAACCUAGGCUGUUUGGAGUAUCAGCCAAUGGACUACAUUAUCUAAGCUCAGCAGAUGGAACAGGAUGGUACUCAAGCGUUCAGAGUGAUAUUUCUAAGGCAAAAGCUCUGUCCUCAUUUCAACCAGCAAUACAAGUACCUGUUAAUGGCGAUGCUCAACUGAGUAACCUAACACCAGCACCAGCUUACAUUACAGGAGUUUAUGGAGCAACAAAUGAAGGGGUGAAAAAAAAUUCAGGUGCAGGUUGGCAAUUGAUCUACUCCUGGAGUACUACUUACUGCUGCUAAUGAAUCUUCAUCAAGCUAACAGCCCUAAAUUUUCAAAGUACACAUUGAAAAAAAAUUGAUCUGAUAAAAUUGUUUUUACCGUAAUAUAAAAAUAUUCCACAAUUUUUACUGUAAACUUUGUUCCAAUUUAUAAAUUAUACAUCAAUAAUGUCAAAUUUAACAUUAUUAUUUUCCUUCUGUGAAACCUGAUAACUUCAUUGUUUAAUAAUAUUAAGCUAAUUGAAACCCAACAUUUAGAAUAGUUAAAGUUUGAAAUUAUAAUAUUUUAAGAAAUAAAUUUAUCAUUGAAUUCCUGUUGGCUGUGCAAAAACUACCUUGAAAAGAACUACAUAUAUAUUUUUUUUUUUUUAAAGAUAUGCAUAUUUCUGAAGUAUGUGAAUCACCUCCUUUCUAUAAGUCUCUCAGCUAUCCAUUUGUUUAAUAUUGCUUUUAUUAUAUCACAUGGUUAGUAAAAGUAGUAUUAACACCUAUUAUACUUUGUAACAAAACAAAAUCUAAAAUGGAUUGUCAAGAUGGUUCUCCUACAGUCUACAGUGACCUACAGCUGUGUUGGAAUACAAACAUUUUACAGUAUACAAUUUUAAGUAAUCUAGUCGAUCUAGUAUUCCUACAUCAAAAGGUUGUCCACAUUUUAUUUUUACAAUUUAUCACCUUAUUAAAAUAGGUUAAUGUUAAUCACUUUGUAUGUUUUUGUUGGUAAAAAAUAAGUUAAAGAAAAUAAGAAUACAUUUCAUUUUUAUAAGUAUAAGUGGUUUUAAAAAUCUGUUAAUUUUUUUUUCUUCUUUUUUUUAACUGUAUUAAAUACAGUCUGGCAACUGGGCAACUUUUUUUUUUCUUCUCUUUAAAAUAUUGUUUUAAUUUUAAAGUUAGAUGUAACAUAUUAACUUAAAACUUAUGAAAGGUAAGUUUUGUGCACAGGAAUUACCAUUUUUAGUUUGACUGACCAGCAUGGAAUUAUUAAACUUUAAUUGCAUCUGUAUUUUAAUAUAAUCCAAUGCAUUUUAUAUUUAUAGCUUUUUAGUCCAUUCUUCUAAAUAUUCUAAACAGAAAUAAAUGUAGACUAU